UAUCGGCAACGAAUCAAAACAAUCGGGCAAAAUGGAUUCUUGGACGUUUUUCGUUCUCGCCUUUAUUGCGACCAUUAAGCUGUCCGCCUCGGUGGACGGGCCGACGGUGGAGGUGGCUGAAGGAACUCUGCGGGGGGUCGUCGACCGCACGGCGGACAACACCACCUUCUACAAGUUCCUCAAGAUACCCUACGCCAGGGCUCCGCUGGGCAGCCUCCGCUUCACGGCGCCUCAGGAACACGCUAAAUGGACCGGGGAGAGAGACGCUACAAAGUACGGCCACACCUGUCUGCAAUAUCCCAACAGUGGUGCCAACAGCGAGGAUUGUCUUUUCAUCAACGUCUACACGCCUCUGCUUCCCAGUGGCAAAGCAAAUGAGUCUCUAUUGCCGGUCAUGGUGCACAUUCACGGAGGGGCCUUCGUCACCGGUUCGGCCAAUGCCGGGCCUGGUCAGCUCAUGAACUACGGGGUCGUCAUGGCGUCUAUCGCCUACCGCCUCAACUUGUUCGGAUUCACCAGCAUCCAAGGAACCGACGCCCCGGGCAACGCCGGACUGAAGGACCAGGUCGCGGCGCUCAAGUGGAUUCGGAAGAACAUCAGGCAGUUCGUCGGGGACCCGGACAUGGUGACCAUCAUGGGCGAGAGCGCAGGCGGCGCCAGCGUCCACUACCACAUCCUCUCCCCGGGUUCCAGAGGCUUGUUCCACAGGGCCAUCUCGGAGAGCGGCUCCGCGCUCAACCCCUUCGCCUUCGGGCAGAACACCGAGGCGAGCGCCUUCGAGCUGAGCGCGUUGGUGGGGCGGCCGGCCGGGAACAGGUCGGAACUGGUCGAGGCCCUGCGCGCGGCGUCUGCCUCGGAGCUGCUGGAGGCCCUGCCCAACGUGACGGUGAGGCCGGGCUCGCAGAGACCCUUCGCCCCUUGCCUCGAGUUCCCCCGGGAGGGCGAGCAGCCGUUCCUGACCCGAACCCCGUGGGACCUGGUGAGGGCCGGGAACUUCGUCUUCGUGCCCUACAUCGCCGGGUCGACCGAGCGCGAGGCGGCCUCGUCCGCGCAGUCCUCCGACCUCUUCUGGCAGGGCGUCGACGAGAACCCCGAGGAGUACCUGGUGCCCCACGACCUGGGGCUCGCGCGCGGCUCGAACGAGUCCAUCGAGGUCGCCGCGCAGGUGAAGAGGUUCUACUUCGGCGACGCGGCCGUCUCGAACGCGACGCGCGACCGGUGGGUGGACCUCGAAACGGACCUCAAGUACGCCCUGGGCGUCGUGACAACCGUCCACGCGCACGCCCGGUUCUCGACCGCCAAGACCUUCAACUACUGGCUGACGUUCGGCGCCGCGACGCACGCCAUGGAGUGGCGCUACGUCGUGUACGGCGGGCAGGUUCUGGGGGUCGACUCGAGGGUCGCCGGACUAGCGCGGUCCUUGGGCCAGCUCUGGACCAGCUUCGCCAAGACCGGGACGCCAGAGGCAGGCGGGGAGGUGGCGUGGCUGCCCGUGGCUCCGGAGAGCUAUCCCUACCUGGAGAUCAACCCUCCCAACUCGCUGCACUACGACGUGGAGAAGGACCGCAUGGACUUCUGGUUCGGCAUCUACGAUAAAUACCGCCACACCGAGACCAACUGAACACACAUCAGUAACCACGAGUCCGUCCAGCUAAAAUUCUUAAAGUAGAGGAAGGAGGAAUAUUUCAGGAGCUUUCGUGCGAAACUCGACGUGUCCAUCACCAGUAAAAUGGUAUGUUUCACAUGUUUCGGGACCCUUUUUCUGAGGCGAAGAACACUACCAUCUCACGAUACAAAACCCAACAUGUCCAAGUGAUUUACAAGUAUGAAGUAUGGGUUUUUGUGCAGAAAGGGUUUCAAAACAUGUGAAACAUACAAUUUUACUGGUGAUGGACAUGUCGAGUUUUGCACGAAAGCUCCUCAUUUCUGAACGAAGCAUUUUUUUCAAGAGGAAUGAAGAACCAAGACUAAUAACGAAAGAGAGAACAUAAUUUACUAAUUGUAAACAUUUUUUUUUUCACCAAAAGUAUUUCUUAUCCAUGGUUAAAAUAUAUAAAUAAUCUCAAA